AUGGAGCUGCUGCAAUUUAGCUCUAGCUUAAUAUUAGUAAUUGCCAUUUGUUGUUGCAUGGCCGAAUAUGUGAUACGCGUUGAGAAAUUUGAUUUUGUUGUCUACGAUCGCAAGUUAAUCAUUUCGUCGAACAGCGAAGUGCAGCAGGAGGGCAAUCGUAGCUAUAUGUCAGGCUAUGUUUCGUUCAGUCGAGCACUUAACGAAAUACGUUUGUUUGCUUCGAUGAAUAUCACACGUCCCGAUUGGCCACCAGUGCGUUUAAUCGAUAAACAAUUUGAAAUGUGCGCAUAUCUCAACAAUACCAAUCGCAACAAAUAUAUGAAGCAGUUUUACAACAAAUAUGUGACAUUUUUAAAUGUAGCUCCACUAUGUCCACUUAAAGCCCAUUUCAAUUAUACGCUUAAUCGCUUCUUUGUCGACGAUUCUUUGUUAUCCGAUUUGUUGCCUGAAUCGAUUUUCUAUAUGCGUGUGGACUAUCAGCAUAGGACUCGACGCAUUGCUCACAUGUAUUUUACGGGACGUAUUAUUCCCACUUGGGAAACAGCUAAAUUGAUUAUACAGUGA